UGUUGGGAACGUUAUGCCGCGGAGCAUGUCGGGAGUAGGUCUGUAAAAAUGUCGGCUUCCACGGGGAAAGAAGGAGCGGGUGUUGACGCUUCUAAUGUUGACCUCCUGUUGCAUCCGGAGCUGCUGUCGCAGGACUUUCUGCGGUUAGUUUUAAGUGAGAAGAAGGUUGGAACGGCGGACAGCGGUGGACGAGAACGACUGACGGAGCUCUACCUGCGGCAUGUCAUCCCUCUGCCGCAGCGGACUUUACCCAACAGCCGCUGGGGGAAGAGGAUGGAGAAGAGCCGAGGAAGACAGAUAGCAAGCGGUUCCAGCUCCAGCAAUGGCCAGAACAGGAAAAGACUGAUUGUGUUUGAUGGAAGUUCCUCUCAGUUGGGCCAGGUAAAAGUAAAAAAAAACAGAGGGAACCUCAGCUUCAGCGAGCGCCUCUGACAGAUUAAACCUCCUCCAGCUGCAAACCUCUCCAACCCCAUCCGCAGGCUGUCCAGCAGCACGUCAGCAUCCUUCCAAGCUUCAUCACGUAGCACUGACGGCUCAAACCUCAAACGAGAAGCAAACAGCUCGGGUGUACUGAAGUCUCCAGAAGUGAAGAAAAAGAUCCAGCAUGUGACGUGGCCCUGACCUCUGACCCCUCUCCAUAUGAGAAGGCAGGUUCAUGCGGACAGAUAACGCCCCUCCCUCCCCUAAACCCACCCGAGUCAUAGAUGUCCUCACUAGCAGCAUUAUGAGGUGGAACCUGUUUCACGUGUGUGUUUAAACCAUCACACUGCGCUCAUUCACGUAUGGAAGGUUACGCCUGAAGGUGGUGCAAAGACGUGUGAGUGUAACCACCUGCUCCUAAAGGUACAAGCUUCCUCUUUCUUUCCACGACCGCAAGUGCCCUUACUGUCACCGAUCAGCUCGCUGCCCUCCAGCCCCAAAUGAGAGGUUUGUGAGAGAGAAGACUGUGUUGGAUUGUUUUUGUUUGUUUUUAUAUUUGAUGAUAUUUGAACUAGUACUAGCAGUCAGAUGGAGGUUGUUGACUCUUUCUUUACAGUCAUUGUCAAACCUGGUCCUCAACCCAUUUUUUUUUUUUUUUUUUUUUCUGGUUUUUGGUUUCUCCCUGCUCUUAUUCAGACCUGACUUUCUAAUCCAGGUGUGUUCAUCCACUCAGCAGGAUCCAAAUCACCAUGCAGCAUUUGAGCCGGUGUGGGUGUGUGUAGUACUUAGUAUUGGAUUGUUUCACACCUGAAAUCGGUCAAAUUACUCCAUUUUUGACCAUUUGUGCCUAUUGUUAUAAAGGCUAAAUAUUUGUACCAUAUUUUCCUGAGUAUAAGUAACAGUUUUUUAACUUACUUAUAUUUUUAAGCUAGUUUGGGAGGUCCUGUGAUCUAUAGUCUGGUGGGACUU